CCAUUCCUUUUUUUUCUUACAUUAAAUAAUAAUAAAAUGCCUGAUAAUUCGACAUUGACUGGAGCAGAACCUUCAUACACACUCAAUAAUGGAGACACAGCCUGGAUUAUGAUUUGUGCUUGUCUUGUCUUUUUAAUGUCUCCCGCUCUUGGAUUCUUUUAUGCUGGUCUUGCUAGAGCAAAGAAUGCACUUUCCUUGAUGUAUUUAACUGUUCUAUCAGUUGCUGUCGUGUCAUUUCAAUGGUACCUGAUUGGCUACUCUCUUACCUUUUCGGAAACAGGCGGUAGAUUUGUGGGUGACUCAACUCACUUCCUUCUAAGAGGCGUUGGUAUGCGUCCUGCUUUACCAGAGCAAACAAUUCCUGCUUCUACUUUUAUGAUCUUUCAAGCCAUGUUUGCUGCUAUCACACCAGCCCUCGCUUUCGGAUCGGCAGCUGAACGUUUGUCUCUUGGCCCUGCUAUUCUAUUCAUCUUUGUUUGGACCACUGCUGUGUACGACAUCAUCACUUGUUGGGUCUGGGGCCCAAAUGGAUGGUUAUUAAAGAUGGGUGUCAUGGAUUAUGCAGGAGGUACACCUGUUCAUAUCUCAUCAGGAUUGGCCGCUGUAGCUUAUGCUAUGGUCCUUGGUAAACGUCGUGAUUAUCAUGAAAAUGUUAAUACGCCUCAUAAUGUCUCCUUUGUUUUUCUUGGACUUGCUUUGAUGUGGUUUGGCUGGUUUGCGUUUAAUGCUGGUAGUGCAUUAGCAGCUAAUGCUCGUAGCGUCAAUUCCUUAGUUUGCACACAUUUGUCGGCAUGUACAGCUGCCGUCGUCUGGGUCCUCCUUGACUAUCGCCACACUCGUAAAUGGAGUAUUAUCGGUCUCUGUACAGGUGCCGUUGCUGGUCUAGCCACAAUCACACCUGGUUCAGGCUUCGUCAGUCCAUCUAGCUCGCUUGCAUUUGGAGCCAUCGGAUCAAUCGUUUGUUAUACUGCUCUUUAUUAUAAACAUCGUAUGGGGAUUGAUGAUGCCCUCGAUGUCUUUGGUGUCCAUUAUAUUGGCGGCCUGGUCGGCCUCGUCUUGACUGGUGUCUUUGCUCAACAAAACGUCAUUGCCCUUGGAUACCCAGAUGGCACACCAUUAGAAAAUAUUCCUAUUGGUGGUUGGCUUGACGGACAUUGGAUGCAAGUUCCCUAUCAACUCGCAGCCAUCGUCUCUGUCUCGGUAUGGUCCUUCGUUGUCACAUAUAUUAUAUUGGUCAUCAUCAACAUGGUGCCUUCUCUUCGUCUCCGUCUUGCUGAUGAAGAUGAGAUCAUUGGUACCGAUUGGGCUCAGAUGGGUGAGCGUGCUUAUGCUUAUCUUCCAUUUGAAGAAGAGGAAGAGCUCGAAUGUCAUCGUCGUCGUCGUAGCGAUGGUGAUCAAGAAAUCGAAAUUCGAUCCAUUGCUGCUGGUAGUGGCAAUCACGUCAAAAAACAUAGAUUCAGCAAGAUAAUGAAGUUGCUCAUGUCUGAUAGAACUACAGUCAUAAAUCGUGUCCCUGAUCUUGUUGAAGAACCUGUCUUGGAUUAUAGUCAGCAAAAAGAUUUAGGCUCUGCUGCUAGUGUCAAGACAGCGACGGGAGGUGAUCUGUUACAAAAGACAGGUGCACAAAUGCGCCAUGAACAACAGGAGAAUGACUCCCUUGAGAUUGAAAAGCAUCCAAUGAAAACAAUAGAUAGUUCAGCGAUCCAUACUACUAAAAAUGGUAGUCCCAGUAAUAGCAGUCGUAGCAGUGAUGGAAAUAGCAGUGAGACCGCCAAAUAGAUCGUCCAUACCCCCCUUUUUUUGUUGUAAAUUAUUGUAUUAUAUAUAUCCUAAACCCAUUAAAGAGAGUGUCAU